AUGUCGACGGUGUACACGGUAAAGAAAGGCCCACGGGAAGCAAUCACGAGCGAUCUAGACGGGACCGAUUCCUCCACAAGUCUCGAUAUUCCAUCUCUAGGCGAGCCCCAAGAAGAACAUCGCUUCUGGUUUCAAAGGGGCAAAAGCUACAACCCCGACGCAAUUGCCACAUUGCCUUCGGUCUUCGAUAACCCGGAUUCAGCAAAAGAAUAUCUUCCUCGUGACGACUGGGAAAAUGUCCACCGAUUCGACCCGUUGGCUCGGUGGACAUGGGGCGAAGAAUACAAGCUAGUGCGCAAGAUCGAUUUGCGCAUCAUGGUGUUUACGUGCAUCAUGUUUAUGGCUUUGGAGUUGGAUCGAUCGAACUUGGCGCAAGCUUUGACAGACAACCUGCUGCCAGAGUUGAAUAUGAACACCAAUGAUUACAACCUCGGAAAUACAGUUUUCAAGCUUUCCUUUCUCUGCGCGGAGCUUCCCUCUCAACUUGUUAGCAAAUGGGUUGGGCCUGAUCGGUGGAUUCCCUCGCAAAUGGUCAUGUGGUCUGCAGUUGCCAUGGGCCAAUAUGCCUUGAAUGGUAGAACGUCUUUCCUUGUAUGCCGGGCUCUGCUUGGCAUUAUACAAGGAGGAUUCAUUCCUGAUGUGAUUCUAUAUCUCUCGUACUUCUACAAACAUCAUGAGCUCUCGCUGCGUCUUGGGUUCUUUUGGACAGCUAUGAACAUUGCUGAUAUUCUGGCUGGAUUUUUGGCUUUUGGACUGCUGCAUCUCCGCGGUGUUCAAGGUCAAUCCGGGUGGCGUUGGCUAUUCUUGUUGGAGGGGCUUCUCACUCUUCUCAUCGGUCUUUCUGCGUUCAUCCUCAUGCCUCCUGGGCCAUGCCAGACUGCCAACUGGGCUCGAGGCAAGUCAGGUUGGUUUACAGAAAGGGAGGAGACCAUCAUUGUGAAUAGAGUCAUUCGUGAUGACCCCAGCAAAGGAACAAUGCACAAUCGAGAGCCCAUCACGCCAAUGCUACUCUGGAAAAGUCUCAAAGAUUAUGAUCUCUGGCCGAUUUAUAUCAUUGGACUCACCUUCCAAACCCCAAUGACAACUCCAAAGCAGUAUCUCACUCUCACCUUGAAGGGUCUGGGCUUCAAUGCCUUCGUGGUGAAUCUUUUGAUCAUCCCUUCCGAGGUACUAUCGAUCAUCUUCCUUCUGCUGAUCACAUAUAUAUCGGAAAUAUCCGGCCAAAUAACCUUGGUAUCGAUGAUCGGCCAGAUCUGGACCCUUCCAUUUGUUAUAUAUUUAUACAUGGUCGAUAUCAACUCGGUUAACAAAUGGGCUGCGUGGGUGGUGAUGACAUUGUUGCUCUCAUAUCCUAAUGCACAUGCGGUUCAGGUCAAUCUGAACUCCCGCAAUUCGAACACAGUUCGGUCGCGUACUGUUUCGGCUGCGAUGUAUAAUAUGUGUGUUCAGUCUUCGGGGAUUAUCGCAUCCAACAUCUAUCGGGCUGAUGAUGCUCCUCGGUACCGAAGGGGAAAUCGUGUCCUAGUCAGCCUUGUUGUCUCGAACAUUUUCAUCUACCUGCUAACAAAGGCCUACUACGUAUGGCGCAACCAAAGCCGCGACAAGAAGUGGAACGCGAUGUCGGAUAACGAGAGAUUGCAUUACUUGGCAACCACUAAAGAUGAAGGAAAUAAGCGACUAGAUUUCCGGUUUGCACACUGA